UUCUGCGCGAGUAGCCGUUGCCAUGGCAGCGCUCGAGGCACCCGGCUAGGAUUUGUGGGGGAUGCCCUGAGGCGCUGGGGCGCCGCGGGCAGUUCCAAGAGCCGACCAGACGGCAAGGGCUGAGGCUGCGACGCAGGAGACUGGGGAGACGUUCUAUACCACUGGCCGGACGCUCUCCGCACACACCCCACGGCCCUGGCCCCCUUCUUUACUCCAAAGGGACUGAAGAGCGACUCCCAGCCAGCCCUGCACUGGAGACAGGAAACCAGGCAUCUGGGUGAGCCUCUGACCUGAGUCCCAGAGCCCACAGGCCAGACAUCCAGCCUCACAGGCAGGUACCUUUGCAGAGGAGCCACGAGGAUGGCCCACCUGCUGGGCAGCCAGUCCUGCAUGGACAGUCUGCGUAAGGACCUUACCGACCUGCAGGGCGCCAUCGUGGACGUGUUCUCUCGUGCUGGACCCGUGCACUUCCCCUCCUGGAAGUUUCCUGAUCGUGUGGCCUGCGACCUGGACAUGGUGGCCCUGUUAGAGCAUUAUGACCACGUGCCGGGUGACCCCGAGUUCACGCAGCUGUCCCAUGCUGUUCUGCUGGAACUGGUCAUCGACAGGCUCCUGCUGCUGCUUCAGAGCUGCACGAGCUACUUGGAGAACCUCGGUUCAGAGCAGACGGUGCCUGCUACCCGGGCUGUGGGGCCCUGCAUGUCUGUGGGGCUCACGGUGCGGCGCUUCUGGAACAGCCUGCUGAGGCUGGGCAUGAUCUACCAGCAGGCAGCCCCCCAGAAAAGAGUAAACCAAGGGGAGAACCUCACCUCCAAGCCCACCGCCAAGGGGGAGCCAGCCAGGAGCCCUGAGCUUGUGACUGCCAAGUUCCUCAAGCCCCCCUCCCCAACGCCACGCUUGCCCCAGACCUGCCAAGAGCCGGAGAGCCUCUCCAUCAGAGUCUCCCCACAGUGUCCAGCCAGCACUGCCAAGAACAGCAGGAGUGUUCACUCCCAGACGGUGGAGACAGCCCUUGUGCCCUGUGACGCGUGCACCAGCGUCCAAAGCAGCCUGCGGGAGGUGGGCAAGGCAGUCAUCAGCCUGUGUCAGAGCCAGAACCUGCCCUCGUCCUUAGGCCAGUUCCAGCAGCUGGUGCGGGACAGCAUGGGCCUCAGGCCACUGCCAGCCGCCACCAUGGGCCGCUGGGCAGCCGAGCAGAGCAAAGACCUGACACGCCUCACUAAGCACGUGGGGGCCCUCACUCAGCUGGUCGGGCCCCUCAGAGCCCAGCUGGAGGAGGCUGAGGGACAGAAGGACGGACUGCAAAAGCAGGUGGGCCAGCUGGAGCAGGCGCUGCAGCAGGAGCAGGGGGAGCGGCAGCGACAGGCAGACGAGGCCACACAACAACUGGCGGAGUGGGAGCGCCACAGGCGGCAGCUGCUCACAGAAACAAGUGACCUCAAGACGAAGGUGGCCACCCUAGAGGGGGAGCUGAAGCAGCAACAGGAGGCCAUGCAGGCCAUGGAGACGAAGGCGCAGCAGUUUCAGGAGGAGGCCGAGCGCAGGGCAGAGGCCGAGAGGCAGGUGCAGCAGCUGGAGGAGCAGGUGCAGCUGCUUGCCGGGCGGCUGGACGGGGCCAGCCAGCAGAUCCGCUGGGCCAGCACUGAGCUGGACAAGGAGAAGGCCCGUGUUGACAGUAUGGUCCGCCACCAGGAGUCCCUACAGUCCAAACAGCGAGCCCUGCUACAGCAGCUGGACAGCCUGGACCAGGAGCGUGAGGAGCUGCGGGGCAGCCUGGAUGAGGCCGAGGCCCAGCGGGCCCAGGUGGAGGAGCAGCUGCAGAGCAUACAGAGCGAGAGGGAGCAGGGGCAGAGCCAGCUCCUGGCCCAGCAGGAGCUGCUGCAGAGCCUGCAACAGGAGAAGCAAGGCCUGGAGCAGGCCACGACAGAUCUGCGGCUGACCAUAUCAGAGCUGGAACGCGAGCUCACAGAGCUGAGGGAGCGGGAGCGGCUGCUGGUGGCCUUCCCAGACCUGCACAGACCCACCGAGGCCCAGAUCCCAAGCUCCGGCAAUGUUACUGAUGACAUGGAGAGGCAGGUACAGGCCAACGACAUCCGCAUCCAGGUCCUGCAGGAGGAGAAUGGGCGGCUCCAGUCUAUGCUGUCCAAAAUCCGGGAGGUAGCCCAGCAGGGAAGCCUAAAGCUGAUCCCACAGGACCAGCUCUGGGCCCCUCCCAGCAAAGGAAUCCAGGGAACAGUGCCCCCAGCCCAGGCCCAGAAUGCUUCCCCAGGGCCCCUGGGCAGGCGGCACCUGCCUAGCAGCAGGACAGCCAGCGUGGGCAGGACCCUCCCAUGCCAGCUCCGGGCAUCCCCACCUCAGCAGUCCUGCAGUCGGCCGGGCAGGUCCUCCCUGGAGGACAUGACCCACUCAACCAACUGUGCUCAGAACCCCAUCCGGGCCUUGGCCAGGCUGAGAAGGAGACUGUCACCAGGCCAGAGCCAGGCCAGCCCUGCAUACCAGCCCCAGGAGCGGCCCACGUAGCCUGCCGCGUGGUGGGGCUGGAGGGCAGGUGGCUGGCAACCCGUUCCAUAUAAUAAAGCCCUGGCCAUCUGCCCACAGCACCCUUGGCCUCACAGCA